AUGGGAGGGGCGGCCCUUCUGCUGCUGCUGCUGGCUGGGGCAGGGGCGGGGGGGCCCUGGAGAGCCCCGAAGGGCAAGUGUCCUCCAAGCUGCUCCUGCUCCAAGGACAGUGCCCUGUGCGAGGGCUCCCCGGAGCUGCCCAGGACCUUCGCUCCCACGCUGCUGUCACUGUCGCUCGUCAGGACCAGACUCCCCCAGCUGAAGGCCGGCAGCUUUCUGAAGGUGCCGUCUCUACACCUGCUCCUCUUCACCUCCAACUCCUUCUCCGUGAUUGAGGACGACGCAUUUGCGGGCCUGUCCCACCUGCAGUAUCUCUUCAUCGAGGACAAUGAGAUCGGCUCCAUCUCUAAGAACGCCCUCCGAGGACUCCGCUCCCUCACACACCUAAGCCUGGCCAAUAACCACCUAGCGGCCCUCCCCAGAUUCCUGUUCCGAGGCCUGGAGACUCUGACUCACGUGGACCUCCGCGGGAACCCGUUCCAGUGUGACUGCCGCGUCCUCUGGCUGCUGCAGUGGCUGCCCACCGUGAACGCCAGCGUGGGGACCGGGGCCUGCGCGGGUCCCACUGCCCUGGCCCACAUGCAGCUCCGCCACCUCGAUCCCAAGACGUUCAAGUGCAGAGCCAUAGAGCUGUCCUGGUUCCAGACGGUGCGGGAGUCGGCGCUGGGUGUGGAGCCCUUCUCCUACCAGGGGGAGCCCCGCGUCAUCCUGGCGCAGCCCUUCGCCGGCCGCUGCCUGAUCCUCGCCUGGGACUACAGCCUGCAGCGCUUCCGGGCUGAGGAGGAGCUGGCAGCACCCUCCGUGGUAUCCUGCAAGCCCCUGGUGCUGGGCGCCCGCCUCUUCGUGCUGGCCGCCCGCCUGUGGGGAGGCUCACAGCUGUGGGAGCGGCCCAGCCCCGACCUGCGCCUGGCCCUGACCCAGGCACUGGCCCCGCGGAGGCUGCUGCGGCCCAACGACGCUGAGCUCCUGUGGCUGGACGGGCAGCCCUGCUUCGUGGUGGCCGACACCUCCAAGGCGGGCAGCACCACGCUGCUGUGUCGGGAUGGGCCAGGCUUUUACCCACGCCAGAGCCUGCACGCGUGGCACCGGGACACGGAUGCUGAGGUCCUGGAGCUGGAUGGCCGGCCCCACCUGCUGCUGGCCUCGGCCUCACAGCGGCCGGUGCUCUUCCAAUGGUCCGGCGGCCGCUUCGAGAGGCGCACGGACAUCCCAGAGGCGGAAGAUGUCUAUGCCACGCGCCACUUCCAGGCUGGGGGGGAUGUGUUCCUGUGCCUGACGCGCUACAUCGGGGACUCCAUGGUGAUGCGCUGGGACGGCUCCAUGUUCCGCCUGCUGCAGCAGCUGCCCUCCCGCGGGGCGCACGUCUUCCAGCCCUUGUUCAUCGCCGGGGACCAGCUGGCCAUCCUGGGCAGCGACUUCGCCUUCAGCCAGGUCUUCCGCCUUGAGCCGGACAAGGGGCUCCUGGAGCCGCUGCAGGAGCUGGGGCCCCCCGCCUUGGUGGCCCCCAGGGCCUUUGCCCAGAUCAUCCUGUCCGGCAGACGCUUCCUCUUCGCCGCUUGUUUCAAGGGCCCCACACAGAUCUACCAGCACCACGAGAUAGAUCUCAGUGCCUGAGGCCCGAGGGCCCCUGGACGCGACUGGGGAGCCGGCGUGGGGACGCUCGGGGUUUCUGGAGGCCACGGGCAGCGCUCAUCAGCUACGGUCCCACCUA